AUGAAGAAAAUAAACAUAUCAGAAGGAGUGGAUAGGAUCAGUGAGUUAUCAGAUGAAGUUCUGGGUCACAUUCUGUCUUUCCUUCCAAGCAAGGAAGCCAUAGCCACAUGCUCGUUGUCCAAGAGAUGGAGAUAUGUUUGGAAAUUGGUUUCGGCGCUGGACUUUGUAUGCUUGCCAGAUAUGACUAUCAAGGCUCACACCAAGCCGUGGAAUGAUCUCGAUCUCGAGCGUAAUACCGGUCCUUGUUGCUUAUUUCAUAUCCAAGAAUUUGUUGAUGCAGCCAUAGCCGUAAAGGUUGAGCAACUGAGUAUUUCCAUGGCUCAACACGGGAAUCGGAACUAUGAGCAUGUUUUCAUGUCUCAACACCGGAACCAUGGGCCUGUUUUCUUUGUGCCUGCAAACUUGUUCAACUGCGCCACAAUUGUGACCUUGAAGCUUGAAGGUCCGCUUAAGGAGUUUAGGGCUGAGCGAAAUUCUCAAGGCAACUUGAUCGUCUCAAACAAUUUGCGAAAUCUUCAUGAGUAUGAUUAUGUAUACAUGACACUACACAAAGUUGAUGAUCACUCUCACGUGGUUUCCAUGCUCAACGCAAUGCAAAAUGUUGAAUUUUUGUGUGAUUGGAAAGAAAUGAUGGAGGUGAAUCAUCAUUGCUCUAUUGAUUCUCCGCAAUUUCCCAAUUUGGUUCAUCUCGAGCUUCGUCUUAGGAAUAAUGUGGUUUCUCUCCCCAUCAAUUUGUUCACCUGCACCACACUCGUGAAUUUGAAGAUCGAGGGUUCAUUUACUCUCUCGGUUCCUUCUUGUAUUCAACUCUCCUCUCUCAAGAGGUUGCAUCUCAACUUGCGAAAUUGUGAACCAGCCUCUUGUAAGGCAAUUCUUUCCGGAUCUCCAGCUCUUGAAUUUUUCCACUUGAAGCAUGAGUGGCGUGAUGGGUUUGAGGACUUGAUUAUUGAGCGAAAUUCUGGAGCAAACCUCAUUGUCUCGAAGAAUCAAUUAAUCAACCUUGUUAUACAAAGUGAUGGUGGAUAUGAUUGUUUCCAAGACUAUUUCGAGGGGCAUUUGGAAAACAUAGUGAAAGCUAAGGUAUUUAUGACACUAGAUCCCAAUUGGAGUAGUAAUAUUCGUGAGGUUUACACUCACGCGUAUUCCAUUCUCAAAGCUAUGCGCAAUGUUGAAUUUCUGUCCUUGUGUGAUAUUAGCCUUGAGGGUUAUUCUUCAGUUGAUCUUCCAAAAUUACCCAAUUUGGUUCAGCUCCAGCUUCAUAUUAACCACUAUUCCUCCCAAAUUCUAAAACUUGUUUCUUCAGAGUACUGUCCGAAGCUGGAAGAGUUUGGUGUCAAUAACAUGCAUUGGAAAUAUAGUGAACAACAAAAGAAAUGGAUCAAUAUGACUACACGAGGGAUGCAUCCUGAUCAUUAUGGUCCCCUGUCAUGA